AUGGAAGUAACAGGAUUAAUUCUAAUUUUGGGGCUGAUAAUACUUUGUAAUGCAGGAGGUCUAGGAGGAGGUGGAAACUCAACUCCAUUUAUUGCGGUAUUUUUCAAUUUAUCAUUAAUAGAAUGUAUUCCUAUUGGAAACUUUAUGGGAUUAAUUAGCUCAUUAUUUAGAUUUAUAAUCAAUUUUAGAGAAAAGCAUCCAAACAAUCCUAAUAGGUUAGCAAUAGAUUAUGAGAUUAUUGAAUUGGCAAUGCCAGUGCUAUAUCUAGGGACGCUUUUAGGAGUAUAGAUUGGCACAAAACUUAAAGAAAUUUAUUUGGCAGUGAUAUUUGCAAUAUUGUUGUUCUUUUUAACUUAUAAAACAUCUAAGAAUGCCUAUAAAAUGAUCCAAGAUGAAAAUUAAAAACUCAAACUUAGAAGUUAAAUGGACAACUAAUUGAAUACUAAAUUAAUAGAAAAUGAUAAAAUUAUUAAGGACACAAAUGAUCAUGAGAAAAAACAUAUCAUUGAGAUCAACAGCAAACAUGAAUAAUCAAGCUAAUUACAAAAUAUAUUGAAGCAAGAGAGUUAACAUUUUACUUUGAGGAGAUGCAUGAAUUUUGCAUUAAAUCUUAUGUUUUUGAUAACCACAUCGAUGCUUUUGAAUAGUAAAGAUAUAAUUAGAGUGAGCGAUUAUAUUAAAUAUGGAGCUGUGGGACUAUUUAUUAUCUACGCUGUUAUAUAUACAUUUCUAAUAUCAAAGUCUCUGCAAAGAAACUAUCAUAUUAAAAGACUUGGGGGAUACAUAUUUGAUAAAAAUGAUAUAACAUAUGAGAAAACAAACCAUUUAAUUAAAUUGAUUGUACUUUGCUUUUUUUGCGGAAUCCUUGGAGGUAUUGUCGGUAUACCGGGAGGAAUCAUCUUAGCUCCUAUGUUUAUCUAAUUGGGAAUGCUGCCCAUUAUAGUAUCCAGCACAAAUUAAUACCUUGCAUUGAUUUCAUCAAUAUCAGUUUCGUUCUAAUACUGGUAUCUAGGAAUGCUAAACAAGUAAUUUAUCGUAGCCUUGGGCAUCAUAUGCAUAAUAGGAUGCUACAUUGGAUUAAAGAUUGUUUAAGUUAAGGUUAAAAAGAGUGGAAGACAGUCAAUUAUAGUUGUUGCCCUUGCUAUAGUGCUAUUUGCAUCUUUCUUCAUGAUUCCAGUUAAGUAUUUGCUAAAAAAUAUUGCACCUUAGUGA